GAUGGUCGGAAAUUUUCUUCGAACGAACCAAACACAGGGGAGCAACAAAAUUAACCAGCGAGCAUUUGUUUGAGCUGAUUCGCUCUUUAUUUUUAAUUGUACUACUUUUUUUUUCUGCAAUUCACAAUGUCGGACCAGGAAGAAGAUUAUAUGUCGGAUGCAUUCCUCAGUAAAAUUCAGGAUGUGAAGCCAGGAGUCAACAUGGUGAGGAGGGUGAAGGAAGCCAUCAGAAAGGAGGAAAAACAAAAGGAGAAGAAUAUCCAGAACCGUCAGAAGAGCUAUAAGGAGCAGGAGAAGGAGAGCCGAGAAGCAGCUUUACAGAGCUCCAUCAGCAAUCAGAACAAGGGCUUUGCCCUUCUUCAAAAGAUGGGUUACAAAGCUGGCCAAGGCCUUGGUAAAGAGGGAGCAGGAAGGGUUGAUCCAAUUCCUCUAAGUAUUAAAGCAGACAGAGGGGGUAUUGGUCUUGAAGAGAUGAAAAAAAGAAAAGCUGAGGAGGAACUCCACCAUUAUCGUCAGAAAGUUCGAGCCAAACAGCAGAACGAGGCCAAGUCUCUGGAGGAUUUUAGGUCAAGAGUCAGAACAGAGAGAGAAGAGCGGAAGAUUGAAGGAGACCUGAGGAGGAGUCAGCGGUCUUGUGAGCAGCUUGACAAUCAGAAGGGCAUAACUGCUCCCAGAGAACCCUGGUACUGGCCCAAAGAUGAUGGUGAUGACGAGGAAGAUCCUGUUGAAGAGGAGGACGAAGAGGAAGAAAUUCCAGAGCUAAAUCCCUCUGAUAAAUUGCAAAUUAUUACAUCCUAUUUACGAGGAGUCCAUUUUUACUGCAUAUGGUGUGGAACCACAUAUAAUGAUGAGGAGGACCUGGCUUCUAAUUGUCCGGGAGAUACAGCAGCAGAUCACGAAUGAUCCUGAUUAAGAGACAUUCAGUAGCUUCCUCCUUAAAAAACAGCAACAUUUAUUUGUUUCUUAAAAUACCUUUGGCGUAAUAAAGAUAAUGUUACAGUGCAAAUCGGAAUCAACAGACUUUAGAGUAACAGUAUUUGAUAAUAUUAGUUGUAAUUUGUGAAACGUUCAUGUAUUGUUUAAAUCUUUUGUCAGUUUGUGUGUUUCUUUUCUUCAACAGUGUGAUAAAGUUGCAUUUACAAAUUGUUUUAAAAUGAUGGAGGAAUCUCUUUCAUGUGUUUCAAAAGCAGCCAUAGUAAAAUUAUUUUUCAGAAAUCUUGUGUUGAUGAAAUUCGGGUUUUGUCAUUUUCAAAAAUUGUUGACUUUGAGUUACUUAGAAAGAGGUCAUAUUGUUGAUGUUUAAAA